AUGUCGAUCCCUACCGUCACUUUACCAGUCAUAGGGAGAACAGUAGGAAAGAUGGGAUUGGGUACGAUGAUGUUGAGUAUGACACCUGGUGUUACCGAGGAAGGAAUGAAAGAGGCUGACUCGAUCAGAGCCGGAGUAGACGCAGGAUCCAAUCUCCUAGUCUCUGGAUCGUUCUACGGUCCUCCGAGUGAUAGAAAACAUAAUCUUCAAUUACUUGGAAAGUUUUUCGCCAAAUAUCCUGAAUAUGUCGAUAAGGUGGUUUUGAGCGUUAAAGGUGGUUUCGAUCCAGCUUCUUUUGAACCUACUUCCGAUAUCAAUUGGAUUCGCGAAGAUCUCUUGACCUGCAAGUCUCACCUAGGUAAGAAGAAUAUCGACAUCUUUGAAUUCGCCCGAGUUCCCUUGGACAUACCUAUCGAAGAAGCCAUGAAGAACCUACUCAUCCUUCAAAAGGAAGGUCUCUUCUCCUCCAUUUCCUUGAGCGAAGCCACCGCCUCUACUUUCAAACGUGCACUCUCAGUUACUCCGAUCGUUUUCAACGAACUUGAAGUUUCUCUCUGGUCUGUCGAACAGCCUAUCCUCGACGCAGUUGCCGCCGCCGCAGAGGUCGGUGUUCCUGUUCUGGCUUAUUCCCCAUUGGGAAGAGGUUUCCUCACUGGACAAUUCCGUACCGUCGAGGAUGUCAAGAAUCACCCUUUGGCUGCUUUCCAACCUCGUCUCGCACCUGAAUUGUUUGAUCAGAACAUCAAGUUGGUCAAUAAAGUCGAAGAAAUCGCCAAGAGGCAUGGACACUCUGUUUCGGAGUUUGCGUUGGCUUGGGUGAUCAACAAGUUUCCUACGGUCAUCCCGAUUCCCGGGUCAAGUAAAGUGGAAAGAGUUAAAUCCAACAUUUCCGCCGCAAACAUCAAGAUCUCAUCUGAAGAGAUGGAAGAGAUCGAACAGAUCUUGAAAGAUUUCCCUCCUGUCGGUGGCAGAUAUCCCGAGCAUCAGGAACAAUUCCUCGUAAGCCGUUCGGUGUUAAUCGGUGAACGAAACGCUGACGCGUCAGAUGAAAUGAGUGGAUCACAAGGAAGAUUGGACAAAAAUGGAAUUUUCAACAAGGUCAAGAGGAGGGGAAAAUGCCACUGUAGGGGUGUCAGGGAGACCGAGACAAGUGAAUAG